ACGCCGGUUCUGGCGGCCCCGGCCGACGAGGACGCCCCGGGCGCCCCCCGCGGGCCGUCGCCGCCGGGGCCGGGGGAACUCGGGCACGCGAGCGCGCUCGGGCCGCCGCCUCUGUCGGCGCCCGGAGCCGGCAUGGAGCUCUUCCAAGCCAAGGACCACUACAUCCUGCAGCAGGGCGAGCGCGCGCUGUGGUGCAGCCGGCGGGACGGCGGCCUCCAGCUUCGACCCGCUACGGAUCUACUUCUUGCCUGGAAUCCCAUUUGUUUGGGGUUGGUAGAAGGUGUUAUUGGGAAAAUUCAACUUCAUUCAGAUCUUCCGUGGUGGCUUAUUCUAAUUCGACAGAAAGCAUUGGUGGGCAAACUUCCAGGAGACCAUGAGGUCUGUAAAGUUACCAAAAUUGCUGUGCUGUCACUCUCUGAAAUGGAACCUCAGGAUCUUGAGCUAGAGCUCUGUAAGAAGCAUCAUUUUGGAAUUAACAAACCGGAGAAAAUUAUACUAUCUCCCGAUGACUCAAAGUUUCUACUGAAGACCUUUACGCAUAUUAAAUCCAAUGUGUCUGCUCCUAAUAAAAAGAAAGUUAAGGAGAGUAAAGAAAAGGAGAAGUUGGAAAGAAGACUACUUGAGGAGUUGCUGAAGAUGUUCAUGGACUCAGAAUCCUUUUAUUAUAGCCUGUCCUAUGACCUGACCAAUUCAGUGCAGAGACAGAGCACUGGGCAGAGUGAUGGCCGCCCCCUCUGGCAGAAGGUUGAUGACAGAUUUUUUUGGAAUAAAUACAUGAUACAGGAUCUUACUGAUAUUGGUAUACCAGAGGUGGACUUUUGGAUUAUCCCUGUCAUCCAAGGUUUUGUGCAGAUUGAGGAACUUGUGGUUAAUUAUAAUGAAUCAUCUGAUGAUGAGAAAAGCAGCCCAGAGACCCCCCCUCAGGAGUCCACUUGUGUAGAUGACAUUCACCCACGAUUUCUGGUGGCUCUCAUUUCACGCCGAAGCAGGCACAGAGCAGGAAUGCGCUAUAAACGAAGAGGAGUUGAUAAAAAUGGAAAUGUUGCAAAUUAUGUGGAGACUGAGCAGUUAAUUCAUGUUCAUAAUCAUACACUGUCAUUUAUUCAAACACGAGGUUCUGUGCCUGUGUUUUGGAGUCAGGUUGGGUAUCGAUACAAUCCAAGACCUCGGCUGGACAAAAGUGAAAAGGAAACUGUUGCCUAUUUCUGUGCCCAUUUUGAAGAACAACUGAAAAUUUACAAAAAACAGGUUAUUAUUAAUUUGGUAGACCAGGUGGGAAGAGAGAAGAUUAUUGGAGAUGCUUACCUGAAGCAAGUGUUACUUUUUAACAACUCACACCUCACUUAUGUUUCAUUUGACUUUCAUGAGCACUGCCGAGGAAUGAAGUUCGAGAAUGUUCAAACACUAACAGAUGCCAUUUAUGACAUUAUUCUUGAUAUGAAAUGGUGCUGGGUCGAUGAAGCUGGGGUGAUAUGUAAACAGGAAGGGAUCUUCCGUGUUAAUUGCAUGGACUGCCUGGAUCGCACCAACGUGGUCCAGGCUGCCAUCGCACGAGUGGUCAUGGAACAGCAGUUAAAGAAGUUGGGUGUCAUGCCCCCGGAGCAGCCCCUGCCGAUGAAAUGCAAUCGGAUCUACCAGAUAAUGUGGGCCAACAAUGGUGACUCCAUUAGUAGACAGUAUGCUGGAACAGCUGCUCUGAAGGGUGACUUUACAAGGACAGGAGAAAGGAAGUUAGCAGGAGUGAUGAAAGAUGGAGUGAACUCGGCGAAUAGGUAUUAUCUGAAUCGAUUUAAGGAUGCUUACAGGCAAGCUGUUAUAGAUUUGAUGCAAGGCAUUCCUGUGACAGAAGAUCUUUAUUCCAUAUUUACCAAGGAGAAAGAGCAUGAAGCUUUGCAUAAAGAAAAUCAGAGAAGCCAUCAGGAGCUAAUUAGCCAGCUCUUACAGAGUUAUAUGAAGUUACUGUUACCUGAUGAUGAAAAGUUCCAUGGAGGCUGGGCCCUCAUUGACUGUGAUCCCAGCCUCAUUGAUGCUACUCACAGAGAUGUGGAUGUGCUGUUACUGCUUUCUAACUCUGCCUACUACGUGGCCUACUAUGAUGAUGAAAUUGAUAAAGUAAACCAGUAUCAACGACUAAGUCUGGAGGACCUGGAAAAAAUAGAAAUAGGUCCUGAACCCACUCUUUUUGGUAAGCCAAAGUUCUCCUGCAUGCGAUUACACUACAGACAUAAAGAAGCAAGUGGCUAUUUCCAUACACUGAGAGCUGUGAUGCGCAAUCCUGACGAGGAUGGAAAAGAUACCCUUCAGUGCAUUGCAGAGAUGCUGCAAAUCACCAAGCAAGCCAUGGGAUUGGAUGUACCUAUAAUUGAGAAAAAACUUGAGAGGAAGAGCAGUAAACCUCACGAAGACAUCAUUGGUAUUAGAUCUCAAAACCAAGGCUCUUUAGCCCAAGGGAAGAAUUUUUUAAUGAGCAAAUUUUCUUCUCUAAAUCAAAAAGUAAAACAGACCAAAUCAAACGUAAACAUUGGCAAUCUACGAAAGCUAGGAAACUUUACAAAAGCUGAAAUGAAAGUUAACUUUUUAAAACCAAACUUAAAAGUAAAUCUUUGGAAAUCAGAUAGUAGUCUUGAAACCAUGGAAAACACAGGUGUGAUGGAUAAUAAGGACCAGGCAGAGUCUGAAGGGGAAAUAUCUUCAGAUAAUGACUCAUACCGCUCUGAUGAAUUCCUUACAAAUUCCAAGUGUGAUGAAGACAGGCAGCUAGUUAAUUCUUUAGAGAAUGUAGGGCCAGUAGACUAUGUUCUUCCUAGUUGUGGUAUUAUUGCUUCAGCACCUCGAUUAGGCAGUCGAUCCCAGUCUGUAAGCAGCACUGAAGUUAGCAUUCACGUUCCUUCUGAGAGUACUAUCGAUCAUGGAAGUGGGCUUGGAAAAGGCCAAGAGUCUCCUCUGAAGAAAAGUCCGUCUGCUGACAACAUACAAAUAUUGACUGGCUUUGCCAAGCCUGUGGAUGUUUACUGCCAUAGAUUUGUACAGGAUGCGCAGAGCAAAAUGACCCAGCCUCCAGAGACCAGAUCUAUUUCUCAGCAGGCUACUGAGGAAGGAAAUCAAAUGACCAAUCAAGUUUCUAAUGAAGAAACUCAAUCUGAAACACUAGUACAGACACCUUCUCGGCCCUCACAAUUAGAUGUGUCUUUUUCUGUGACAGGCCCACAGUUUCUGUCAGUUGAACCAGUACAUUCACUUCUAUCUCAAAAGAGCCCAGGUUCUGGAUCAAGCAUGCCUGAACUUGAGACAGGGCUUCAUGUAACCCCUUCUCCUUCAGAAGGCAGUAGCAGCAGAGCUGUCUCUCCCUUUGCAAAGAUUCGAAGUUCUGUGGUCCAGGUUGCCAGUAUUACCCAGGCUGGAUUAACCCAUGGAAUCAACUUAGCAGUUGCAAAAGUUCAAAAGAGUCCUGCAGAACCUGAAGUGAUGAAUGAAGUCCUGCAAAAUGAACUUAAAAACAUGUUUACACAAUGCCAGACCCGAAUAAUUCAGAUUUAGUUUUUAACCACAAAGAAUCCUCGUGUGGCUUUUGUUUAAUCCAAAAGGUUUCCCAUAUUGGCCUCUUUUAACUUGUACUGUCUUUGAAUCUAGGGAUCAGACAAAUUCUAAUUAUGUUUAUGGUAAAAGGUUAUAAUGGGAGUCUGAACUUGAGCAGAUUUCCACAUUUGAGGGCCAAGACCACAGACGUGUAUCAUUCUAGAAUGUGUCGUCUGAGUAGCUCAUACACUACAAAGUGAAUGAAAAGAAAUCAGGAAUGUCACUUUGGACCAUUACCUGAACCUUUCUGGAGUCCGGUGGGUGGGCAGAGUAUGAAGGAUGGGGAUUAGCUUCUUUCCCAGUUUGUUUUGUCAGCUCAUUUUUGUGUGGAGUGCCUCUACAAGUAAACAACAUUCAGUUUUAUUGACUUUAAUGUCAUUAAAUUAGUACGGAAAAGUAUUUGAAUAUAUAAACUAUUGGUUUAGUUUUGGUGGCUUGAGUAUUCCUUAUGAAGUUAACUGAGGGCUAUUGACAGUACAGUCCGAGAAACGUGCCCAUUUGAUCCUAAUUUUCCCUUUUCAAUUUGAACAAAUUUAAAAUACUCUGCUGUCUUGAAUAUCCCACAGUCAGGAAGAUUAAGACUUGCCAGUCGUAAAGCAAACCUGAAUACACUGGAUGUAUAUACCAGCACCUAUUAAAUUUAAUCCUGCUGUUUUCAGGAAGGUAAGAAUAGAUGUAUAUUGGCUACUGGUAAUUAUAGAAGGAAAUCUUCAAAUUUAAAUUUUUCCCAGGAGGGCACUCAACAACGUAUGUAGAUUAUCACAACUAUAGAAGAUUUAGUCUGAAGCACAGUUGUGCUAAAACUGGUUUUACGGCUAUAACCCUGACCACAAAGAGCCAGUGCUUAUUCUGAAAUUUAUACAGUAAGAAAGUUGCACAUUGUAUUCUAAACAAGUAUUGGUUUGACUGGUAUCUUAGAACCUUACUCUGCUGAAGUGAUUCUUAGCUGAACAUUAUGUCUGUUGUAACACUGAUAAACAUUUCCACUUUUGUUAUUUAUUAGUGGUAUCUUUUUUUUGAAGUGUCAAAUCUUGUGACUUUAAAAUAAAAUAUCAUUGCAAUUAAAA